AGGUAUUUUGCACGUUCCUCGUUUGUACCGUGUUGCUCCGUGUAAUACAUUCGAAAACUAAACGGCUAAGCGAGUUCCUGGAUGAUAAAAGGAUCCUAAACAAAAUCGGAUACAAAAUAGAAGAUCUCGAACUGAAAGUCAGCAUACUAACAUACAAAAUGCAAUACGGCUCGUGGCCUAUGCCCCACCAGAUUCAAAAACCAGGCUUCAAAAAACACUUGAAAAAUCUUCGAUUGACCCUGUCGAACACCAACGACCGCGCCGAUUGGAUAAAACACGUGUUGCUAAGCCCCCGAACGGACAAGUCGUUCGUUUCGUUUCGAAACGGAAGCUAUUAUCCCUCUGAACAUCAUGUGACGGAGCUGUUUGAUGCGAAGAAGAAGUCUCUUCAUCCCUACGUAAAACGCAACGUUCUAGAACACAUCAGCAGAUCAUCGAAAAGCGACAGCGACGGAUCCCAAAAGAUAAAUCCCUUCGAGCUUAAGAGGGCGACAAGUCGAAGACGACGCAGAGCGUCGAAGAGUGAAAAUUUCCAAGCGCGGAACAGUAACACGAUCCCGAAUCCGAUCUCCCAGCGAAACAGUAAAUCAACGAGCAAAUUAAGAACCCGUAAAACUGAGAAAACAGCCGCGCCUUGUAAAAGGUUCACGAGAACUAUGGACGAGUGCAAGCGAUACUUGAAAGAGUUGUACGAGAGCAAUAAAUAUCUUGGUCUGGUCUGCAGCUCUGUGGAAACCAGUAACGAGUCCUUGACGAAAAAUGACUGGCCGGAUGCGCAGCAAGAAAACUGUACUCAACCAGAAGGUGCAUCUGACGUGGGUGAAAAAUCGAGGGAGAAUCCAGGCAAAGAGACAUCGUCGGAACAAAGAACCGCUGUUGCGGAAAAGAAAACAAGGGAACAGUAUAAGGGAAAUUGUUUGGAACUGUCCAAUGCUGUUUGUCCGGUCGUGAGGUUGAAGGAGAAUUGUUUGAUGCCAUCAAAGAUGAACAUAACGUUUCGCAGCGAAAUGUUCCCUCGACAAUCUUCGCACAUGAUGAUCCCGCAACCAUGUGAACGCCAAAAAUUCGUAGAAACGUCCCAGGAGACGUUGUAUCAAGUGAAGAAGAAACUGGAGAGUUUGCACAACGUGUUACGAACUUACGAAAUGCAGAAUUCCGAGAUGAGACUAGCAGGCAAGCCACGAGACGGUAAAAGCAGCUGGAACAAUGCUCGUACUGAUGUCAUGAACAAAGCCGUUUCAAUUGAAACAGACAAUAACGGUUGGAACGAGAAGAACAAAAACAGAGUGAGAUUCGAUACCGCCGCGGGAAAGCACUUCGAUGAUCUACACAGAACCGUUUACAUCAGUUCCGAACAAUAUGACAGUGACGAAACAGGCAGAAGUUCUGACGUGUCUGUUCGAAGUUAUUCCCAGGUGCUCAGCACUUACUAUUCGAACAAUUUGAAGAAGUCGUAUUCGGUUGACAAAAGGGAAUACUCUUCGAUCAGAUACGACAAAAUUCCGGAGAGGAUAUAUUACACUAUAUCAUCUGACUUCUUCGAUAACGAGAACAUCGCCGUGGCAGGUAAUUUCGCGUUACCAGACGUAUACGUUGAAAACACGCAAACAGGAUCACUUGGUUAUUUAGAUAGACAGACUGCACCGAUGGAUACUGAUGAAGACCUGCUAAUAACUUCGCCAACCUCGAGUCGCACAGAGAUGUCCAAGGAGAGCGAAUCCGAUGAUAAGUCCACGGCAGUGUUGCUUCAAGAGGCAUUGCAAAUCAAAAGAGCGCUGCUGACACGUGUAGAGUUGGAAAAAAUAUGCUAUAUGGAUGAAGAUGAAAAACAUGUGCAGGCAGAAUAUGUGUCAGAGUGUGGCAAAUGUUCGUACGUUGACAAUAAUCUGCAAUCGAAACUAUUGGAUAUCAUAUCGGAGGAACAAUCGAUCAGCAGCUCCACCGACAGAGGUAGUCGAACUUACAUGUUUCUAAACAUAAAACAAGGAAAACAAUUAGCUCGUUCUUCAACGUUCAGCAAUAAUGUAAGAAAUUUUAGGCAACAAAAUCAAGUUGCGGAUCAAGGUAUAAAUAUGGAAAAUGUUGAGUCGAAUAAAAAUCUUGGGUCAGGCUCCGAAUACUUUAGUAUCAAUAACAUAAUGCAGGAAAAUGAUCAAAUGAAUCUUAAUCAAGCAUCAUUAUCGGAAUACAAAAGUUGUCAUGAGAUUAAAUCUGUUAAAUCCGCAGAAAUUGCAACGGAUAAUUUACGUAAAAAAUGUCAAAGUUAUACUUCGAGUAUGUUCAACGGAAUGAACGAAGAUACGAAACUUGCAAACUGUACGAAAAAUGAAAAUAACGAGAACGAUUUCGAGUCGAACUUCUUACGUAUGAGCAACAUAAACGAGCUUGUGGAUAUUAACAACAGCAGCACAGAGAUAUUUUCACAAAACUUAAACGACUCCUUCAUAAAUGAACAGAAUUCUAGCUUGAACAAAAACGAAGAAUGCAAUUUUCUGGAUUCGGACACUGCAGACCAACGUGCAAACGUUGCAUUUCUUACAGAUGUAGGCAACUUUGUAAGUACAACAUUGAACGCAUCACAGAAUGAGAAAUAUAUUGAAGAAAACGAGAUUUUAAUAUCUAGUCCUAAUUUGAGUUUAAAAAGGCACCCAGGCACGUGCUCUCUAAUAGAACAAACAUUGGUGACAGAAAAUGAAACGAUGAAACUGCACAUGGUGAUAAACGUCGCAGAUACAAUGUAUGAAUUGUCAGCUUCUGAGAGCAAAGAAAAUUCUUUGGAGACGAACCUGCAAGAUUCAUCGAGUGUAAAUCAGUCGAACGAUUCUAACAUUCCAGAGCCUCCGUCUACGACAGCACUCACUAAUAAAUCAUUGGACGAAGAAGAAUUAAAUGUAAAUUGGUCAACUAUCAAGGACGGCUAUACUGACCAUUACAUUAACGAGAAAAACGCGCAAAGAGCUUCAACGAACACCAUUACUCUUCAGAAAUACGAUUACGUGGAAGUGGAACAUUGUAACAGAGACGUGUACAAUGAAGACGCAACUCCAGCAGAAUACAGAAGCUUAGAAGUUCAUUACCAUGAAAAUAGUAAAUUGAAAAACGGAAAAGAUAAUUCAGUUAUGCGGAGUUCUGUUGCAACCUCAAAUAACAAAGAGACAAUUAAUGUGGCAGAUCUGUAUAAAUCAUAUUCCAACCUCAUUUCCCCACAGAGCAGCAUGUAUUUUACGGAUGAUGCUUCAAGUUCUGCUAUAAAAUUAAACAAUACAAACUCAAAACAUAUGGAAACCGAUCUACGCUCGACAUUAAAGAAUGAAAAAGCAGAUAUCGAAGUACGCUACCAUGAGAAAAACGCAAACGACACUGAAAAUGCUGAUUUAUUAUUUAUUUCCAUAUCGAACGAUGCUAAUACUAUUAAUAAAAUGGAAAGAGAGUCCUAUGUUAAAAUUACAAAUAACGAACAUCGUGUUGAACAAAAAUUAGCAGAUUUUAAUGAAGAUAUAGAUGACAAAAGUAAAACAUCGUCCGAGAAUGAUAUGGACAGUGACAUUAAUACGUCGAUAAUUAACAAAACAGAGGAAACGAUAAAAAAGGAAAAAACUUGUAACAAUGAAACUUCAAUAUCAUACGAUAAUACGUGCAAUGAAACAUCGAUACGAAGAACAAGUGCAAAUGUCAAUGAUAAAGAGCAAUCCAAUUCAUCUGUAAAUAAAGCAAAACUGACACAUGUCGAUCAAACUACAGCUUUAUCAGCAGUAUCUUCGCGUCAGGUUUCACCGCGAAUUACGAAAGACAAUCUACAGAUGAAAAAUGUUAAUGCAAUGAUAAAGUCAAAAAGUCAAGAGAACUAUACCGUAAAGUCUGAGAUAUUCAAGAAAUCGGUCGCUUCGCAAAAUUCGAAAAAUCUCAAAUCUGAUUCGAUAAAUAUUGUUCACAGUACGAGAGAUCAUAAUGGUACAUCACGAACCCAGAUAAAAGCUAGAAAUUUGUCUGCUGAGCCUAGACAUAAUACUGAUCAUAGUUUUAAGUUAGAUAAAAAGAGAUCUCAAUCGCAAAUAAGUUUUCGCUCGAAUGCGUCAUCGAAUAAUGCAAACUGUGUGAAUUGUACGCAAUUGCUUGACUCUAAAAUGAAAUUAAAAAGACUCGCGAGGUUGUUGACACCGGUACCAAAGACAUCUUCGCGGUCGUGUAUACCAAUCUUAAAAAGUAGACUGGAAGCAGCGCGUAAAACAGAGAAUGAGUCAAGACAUAGAAGUCCAGUGAGAGGGCCAUUGACGAUGACAAUGUUCUGGAGGGAUAAUUUGUCUAGCAAGAGCCAUUAUGCGACUGAAGAAAGCUUAAAGUUGGAAGGCACAUCGGAGAUCAAUGAUCAAUGCGUCGAGGAAAUGAACGCGUGUGAAAAAAGUGCAAACGAUACCGGAUCAUUGCGUGCAGCGGAAAAUACAAUUACAAAAACCGACAGUACGAUCACUGCGCAAGAACAGAUGGUAAUCUACGUCAACAUAUUCACAAAAUAUGAUCAUAACGCAACGAAGAUAGUAGAUCCCAACAAAUUUUUAAAAUAUAUUAAAGACAAAGAGUUGAAUAAACAAAACGGAACCAUCGACGUUGAGUCUAAUAAGAACGACGAAGAUCUCGCAAAAGGCACAGUCGAAAAGAAACAAAGCGCAAUGCACAAAAUUCUUACUAUUGUUUCUUCGGUCAUAAAUGGUAACGAGCUGAAUCAGAAUUUGUCCGCUGAUUUAACCGCUUCAAAAGCGAACAGUGAACCGUUAACAGAUAGUUUAUCGAACGAGAAAUUGAAACAGUUAUGUUUUCUGUCUGUGGAGCAAAGAGAAAUUGAUGUUACCGCUAAACCAUCGGUCACCGAUACAAGCACGUCUAUCACGGAUUUAGGAAAUGUUUCGAGACCGUCGGAAAGCGCGUUAAGUAAAUUCCAAAUAUGCGGAGUACCCAAAGAAUUGAACAACGACGAAUACGUAGCAUUACUUGAGAUACUCUAUCAGGAACCAAAUAUGGCACACCUACGUGAAUUGCAAACCAUUUGCAAGAGACUUGUGUCAGAAUCACAAUAAUCCAACUGACCGUCGAUGAAAAAUAUUAUUUAAUAUCUAUAUCCAUGAAAUUCAUAAAUAACGGUCCCAGGCAUACUUUUUAUAUGUUGUCCUUUUAUUAUCUAAUAUAGGAUAACCACUCUGUGUAAUUAUGUUGUGUAUAUAUGAGCACAUUUUGAAAUAAAUAUGUUUUUAUACUUUUAA